AUUUCAAUUUGUUUAUGCUCGCCCUAAAAACAAAGAACGAACAAGUCCUUAUUCCAAUCGAAAUCUUCGAUUGGAAAAGGAAAAAAAACAGUAACUUCAUCUUCCAACUUCCAAACAACAGCUUCUCUCAAAUCAUUGAAGAAAUUAGUGUCCAAAUUCGUUGAAAACUCGAAGAUAUGGCGAGCAGAAGAAUGGAAUAGUCGAAUUACAGAAACCCAUGUCUAACAAUGCACCAACCGUGGGCGUCUCUGCUUGUGUAUGGCAUCAAACGGAUUGAAGGCAGAUCUUGGCCCUCCCCAAUUCGAGGCUGUGUUGACGUUGUAGGUUACCUUACUUGUGAAGAGCUAGUAAAUUGGGAAGCUAUCCCUGCAUCGGUGAGAGUAGAAGGACAGACAGCUUUUUGUUGGCUCUGUGAGAAACCUCAGAGAUUGAUCGUUCCAUUUGAAAUGUGCGGAUUCCAGGGUGUUUAUAAUCUGUUAAAGAAGGUAUAUGAAGCUGCUGUCAGAGGUCUCUCUUCCGUCAAAGCACCACAACCAGUUACUUUCUCCCUUCCAGAUCCACAAGACCGGUUCUCUCUGAAACCUGGUUCGCUUGCUUCUCUUCUGAGUUGCACAAGCGCCUCAGCAGAGGAGAAACCUCCUAGCCUCGUUGCAGCAAUUGCUGGCGCUAGAGCAGCUGCAACCCAAUUCUCCAAGUACAAUAUCCCCGGAGCUCCUAAGACAGGCAGUAUUGAAGGUAAUGGGAAACCAAUCUCUUCGAGAACAAGGGAUAAAUCUAAGGAGUGGGUGCCGGUUCAACGAGCAGGUGGUGAUACACCCGAUAGCUCCUCUAUUAAAAAUGGCGAAUGAUUAGUGGCGUAGUUGUUUUGAUAAACGAUGUGCUACCCUAGGUGUGUAUUUUUAUAGACGCUCUCUCCGUGCAUAUGGAAUUUAGUCAUGUUCUUUUUUUCU